AUGAUGAGUGCGGAGAACGCCCGUGUGGUGCCAAUGCUCAUUGCUUCCGUGGUCGUUGUGAAUGUCUCGAGGGCUACACGGGUGACCCUUACCGUCAGUGUAGUCGCACAGAUCUUUGCAAACGUGUUACCUGUGCUGAAAACGCUGUCUGUGAUGCGGGACUAUGUCAAUGCUUACCUGGCUACACCGGUGACGGAUUUAGCAAGUGCGUGGAGGCUCCAGUUGAUCCAGGUAAGUAACUAG